AAUAACUUUUAAAUUUUACACUGAAAGUGCGUGUAUGCGAGGUAGGAAAUCUCUUAUUUUGUAAGGAAAAAAAACUCGUUUCCGUUAUCCAUCUGCUUCUAUUUAGUAGCUAAACAAACAUGGCUCUGCUUCAUUAUUAGAUUACGGAUUUUAAUGGCACGUAAAGAGAUGAAUUGGCAGUAUUAUGCACAAAUUAAGAGGCAUCGUGCUAAAUACAAACCCGUAAAUGGAGUUUGGAUGCAUUUAUGGGUUUUGUUGUCGCUGUGGAGCCUUCUGUGAGCGUGUUUACACUUAGCUAGCCCUCCUGUGGGCUAAUGUGAGCUAGCAAGAUGGACCUUGGAACAAUGUUGUACAACAAUUUAAAAGAUGUUACUUGGAGCACGACGGCCUUGCCGUUAGAUCAACUUGUCGGUGCUUAUAGGUUGCCUCAAAUCGUCAAGCUGGACAACGGCCAGUUGGUCGAAGGCCUUCGAGACAAUGACUACCUCUUGAUUCAUUCCUGUCGUCAGUGGACAACCAUUACUGCUCACAGUCUUGAGGAAGGACACUACGUGAUUGGACCUAAAAUAGAAAUCCCUGUUCACUAUGAAGGCCAGUUUAAGCUGCUGGAACAGGACCGAGAUGUCAAGGAGCCGGUGCAAUACUUCAACAGUGUGGAAGAAGUGGCCAAAGCGUUUCCUGAAAGGGUAUACGUCAUGGAAGAAAUCACUUUCAAUGUUAAGAUGGCUUCAGGAGAAUGCAAUGAAGAUACUGAAGUUUACAAUAUAACACUAAGCACUGGCGAUGAAUUGACAUUAAUGGGCCAGGCCGAGAUCCUCUAUGCUAAGACCUCCAAAGAAAAAUCCAGAUUCAACACCAUUUUUAAGAAGAUCGGCAGGCUAAACUCCAUCACUAAGAUGGGUCGAGGCAAGAUGCCCUGCUUGAUCUGCAUGAACCACCGCACCAACGAGAGCAUCAGCUUACCUUUCCAAUGCAAAGGCCGUUUCAGCACGUGCAGUCCGCUGGAGCUUCAGAUGCAGGACGGCGAGCACACCAUCAGGAACAUCGUCGAGAAAACGCGUCUGCCGGUCAAUGUCACGGUGCCCAGCGGUCCGCCCCGCAACCAGCACGACCUCCACCUCAUCCGGGAGGGCCAUCGCUACAAACUGGUCAACAUUCAGACCAAGACGGUGGUUGUGUGCUGCGUACUGCAAAGCAACAAAAUAAUCCCUAUCCAUUUCCCUUUCCACACGGCUCUGCCUCGAUUUAUUAUUCCGGAGGAGCUGCUGCAAGGCGAGUUAUGGCUGGAGACCAUGGUGCAUCGCUGGUUCUCUUUCUGUCAGGAGCAGUUUGACAUUGACGACUACUCUCGCGCUGUCCGGGAUGUGCGGACGGACUGGAACGACGAGGGGAAGAGCCCUAAUAAGCAGAGCAGCGGGAACGGCAACUGCUGCGGUGGCGGAACCUCCAACGGGUGUCCCAACAGCAUGCAGAUCCCCAGCUCUUUAACGUACGCCCGUGAUGAACUGACACAGUCCUUCCACCGGCUCUCUGUGUGCGUUUAUGGCAGCAACUUGCACAGCAACAGUGAGGUCAACUUGCAGGGAUGCGUGAGCCUCUGCGGCGAUUGGGCUCUUUUGCCCUCCGACAGCAUUCCAACAGACUCGGCGGAAAACGAAAACUUUUCCGUAGAAAUGUUUGACUGCCCCAACGCGCAGGCGUCACUCGUCAAGUCUGACGUUCCCUAUGAGGAGCUGUGGUUGGACGACUUAAAAAGCCAGAUCCCCAAGUCAUCUUUAACUGAGGGCGUUCAAGCUCUUAAUAACGGUUGCGUUACGACAACAACAACCCCGUCUUGCCCGCUCACAUGCCCCCUUGGCUCAAUUACCAUUCCCGAUGUGGCUCUCACUCCACCGCCGGUCCCGCCCAAAUCUGAAGCUGUGAAAGAAGAAUGCCGCCUAUUGAACGCCCCGCCGAUUCCUCCGCGUAGUUUGAAACAGAUGCCGACGGUACCGAUGCUGUCGAAGCCUCUGCAGCAAGAGACCCGCUCGCCAAGUCCAACCCUUUCCUAUUACUCCUCUGGCCUCCACAGCAUUAGUGGAAAAUGCAAACAAGAGGCGUCUGAUGUGCAAGAGAAAAGCAGCGUGUGCUACCCGUGUAACUGGGCCUGUCCCGCCAGCGGCAAGCCAGGUGUCGCGUUGCCGAGCAGUAGCUUGCCGACCGACGGGAUGUCCUCCCGGUUGUCUUGGCCCAACAACUUCAGCGGAGGAGAUUGUCACGCUUUAGACGACUUUCUGCCCCCCGGCUGCCGCAGCUAUUACAGUUACCCAAGAAAUAGGUCCACGAGCAACCCCAAAACUUGUAGCCUCGCCGACUUUGACGACCGAGAGCACGCGCACAGCAGUGAAAGCCUCAGGUUGCGGAACGAGUCUCGAAGUAAGUCCUGCACCAAAACUUCCAGUUACAAUUCGGAAAUGUACAGAGACAAACCGAUAGACGGAUGCGACGCCAAGCAGAGCCUCUCAUGCCCCAUCUUACCUCCAAGAACAGCAAAGUCAAACAGCAUGAAGAAGAAUUCAGAGUUAGCAUCUGAAUCAGCUUGUGAUGGUCAGCAGGACAGCUCAACUUCCUGCCUCGUUACGCAACAAGAACAGGAAACACAAAGCCAGAGUUCCAUCUCAAGCAGAGAAUCUCCAGGCGCGAUAUCGGGAUCUCCCUCAGCACAGUGGCAGCCCCCGCCCAACCUGGCCGGACUCUCCAUAGAACAGGUGUCCAAAUCCCUGCGAUUUAUCGGUCUGACCGACGAGAUCACGGCUCUCUUUAUUUCCGAGAAGAUCGACGGGAACUUGUUACUGCAGCUCACCGAAGAGAUUCUCUAUGAGGACUUCCAGCUGAGCAAACUGCAAGUGAAGAAACUCAUGCAGUUCAUUAACGGAUGGAGACCGAAGAUAUGACUGGAACGGAGACCGCCUUGGGUGAACUAUACGCUAUGCACCCCUCAGCCACAAUGUGACCUUAUUUCCAAGUCAGCACAUUGUGGCGGGACCCUUCCUAUCACCCUUUAAAUCUGUGACUGCUAUUUGCAAACCAGAUGGAAUUAUUUAGCACUUUUGAUUGGGUCAUUUUUCAUGUCAGCAAUGAUUUUUCUUUUUGCCUCUAGCAUUCAUGCCAACAAAUGUAUAUAUAUAUAUAAAAAAAUGGAGGGGGUGGGGGCAGUCAUUGAUGUGACUGGCACAGGGAACAUGAGGAUCUGCUAAAAAAACAAAAUAUACGGGACUGUAUAUAACACAUUUGUAGCUAUCUAGGUACAGUGUAUUGAGCUUACAAGUUCUCGGUAUCAAAACCAAACUCCAGAAGAGCUUGCGGGGUACACGUAUCAAUUUUUACCAUCUGGACAGAGUUUUCAAAUGUGAGAUCCCACACGUGACAAGGAAAAAAAAAAAGUGUUCUUACUGCUCUUAUAUUGUGUGGUGUACUCCAAAGGACCAACACAGCCAUUACGAUAUCGCCACUGACAAUUGGGAGUCUCUUCCUCAAACCAGAAGUCCGGUGUAGUACCAAAGCUGACCUGUGGGAGGCAGAAUAGUGCUACAGGGCAUCGGACUGCCACAAAAUUCAAAGACAAAAGAGUAGUCGUCGUACAGUGAACUGACCCACUCGCAACAGGUUAAAAUCUGCAGUAAAGAGUAGUUUUACCCCUCCCACACACUUUAAACACGCUUAAAUGAAUUGAGACACUUUUUUUUUUUUUUGAAGUAUUCCCUAGCAUUUGAUCUCACAACUCUCCAAAUAAGAAGUAAAGCGUGCUUGCUUCAAGCUGUUUGUCUCUCUUAGUUGAUGUCUACUGUUAAACAAAUUUGGCCUAAUUAACUUUCAGCCAAUACACUACCAUCUUAUUUGAUUGAAUGUUCCCACCUUCCUGUCACUAGAGCCCAAGAAGAAACCAACAUGAAAUGUCCAUAAUGGGGUUACCACAUAUUGCUUUGCUUAACAGUGUUUGUAUUGCAGCUAUGAGAACCACAUACUGUUCUUUUAAUCGGGCAUACCGUCUGUCUUGCCAUAUUGUAAAUGUAUUACGGUGCAAUAGAUUAAGGGCUACUUGAUGAUGGAGUUCUCUUGCCACUGCAGCAGCAUAACCUGAAUUUGCAUGCAAGUUGGAACAUCGCGAACUAUUGUUAGCAGUAACAAAGUCAGAGUUGCCGUAUGGAAAACAGCAUUUAGUCAAUAUCCUUGAUAGUCAAUUUAAGGUCUAUGUUUUAGUAGGCCCUUUGUCCUCACGAGCAAGACAACUACUGCGCUGAAUUAUCUUACUAGUAAGGACAAAGAGCGUACUAGUACAUGGACCUUAAACUGGAUAUUGAAUAUAUUCUCUCUCUGGGCAGUAAAACAAAAUCUAAAAGCUAAAAUUUCAGAUUGUUUUCCACAAAAGUCAGGUUUGUGAUUGUAUUCGAUUUCCCCCCUCCCCGGUAUUUACUUUAUUCCUCCUGAUACCAAACAAGCUCUGAAAUCUUUUUCCAGUUUAUUUUCCCGAUCAUCAACCUCCACAAAAAUAUUUUUUUUUCUUCCCCAAAAGUUAAAACUAAUAAGUGAAGCGCCCAACAAUUAAAAAGAAAGAUCCAGAUGGCUAUCAGUGAAGUUCAACAGGUUCUCGUCUACGCUGCCAUCUAACUGUGCCUUUUGUUAGCAAACAUAGUCAUUGACUAAUCUAUCUUCUGUAGUUAACAUCUAAAGAGUACCAAAAGUAAAUACGCAGUAUGCACUUUUAUUGCCGUUACAGAACGUGUAAACAACGUUAAAUUAUCCGAAGAGGGAAUGCACUUCGUUUUUUUUUUUUUAAAUCAACUAAAAUGAUACGUCGUCGGCCUCGUUGGAUUAAGUGUCCUGUGAUGAAAAGAAAGGACAUUUCAUUUUGGCUAAAAAAAUGUUCCUAAAUCAUUUGGGAUGAGAACACGACCAUUAAUAUUGAUGGGCUUAUUUUGUAAAAAGGAGUAUUACAUCUACAGUAAAGUUACAAGCAAAAAGUCGAUAGGAGAAUGUAUUAUUUUAAAGAAAAAAAGUCAUUGAGAACAAAGUUAUACUUUUUCAAGUAAAAAAAAAAAACCCUUAUAAGCAAGUGCAUCUCAAUAAAUUAGAAUAGCGUCGAGAGCUUCACCUAUUUCAGUAGUGCAAUACAAAAAGUGAAAUAUUUCAUGAUUUGAUUUUUAAUAUAUUUAAUGAGCAAAUAUGAGUACUGAACUAAAGAAUGAACUUUUCCACCAUAUCCUAAUUUAUUAAACUGUACCUGUAGUUCUUGGCACCAAAGCAAUACUUUUAUAUUAGAGAUGGCUUUGGGCCGAACACAAAACAGUGUGUUUUUCAACAAACAACAAAGGUUAUAAAAAUAAAACUUUGUAAUAGUGAAUAUGCAGGGAAACGCUGCAUUAAGACUUUUUUUCUUGCAAUAUCACAACAUUGUUGCCUCCAAAUCAUGAAUUUGUAUUAGGAUUUUAUUUUCCAAAAACUAUCUGUAGAAUUAAUUAAAUUUUUUUGUUCCCAUCAUAAUUUGACUUAAUUCAUUUUUUGUUUGUGUUUUUAGUGUAGUACUUAUGUGCUCCUAUAGUACAGGAUUUUUUUUUCUAUUCUCAUCUCUGCAUGUGAUGGUUGUGCUCUGAUCAAAUAAUGAUUCGUAUCGGUACCACACUUUUGUUUCUUCUUUCAGCUUUAAAUUAUGAGUAUAAUGUACUUAUGCAGUUCUUUUCCUCCUCUAAUAGAAAAUAAACUAUCCAGCAUUGUAUUAGUCAGACCCAUUAAGGAUGAAGGUACCUCAACAUUUACACUAGAUCUGCUUCUUUGUUUCUCCUGAAGUGUUACAUGCUUAUUUUGACUUUUCUUAUAUGCAAAUGUAUUUUUAAGUGAUUAACAAUGCAAGAUGAUAUUAUUUUUUUUUAAACGUAAAAAAAGCUCGUUAAUUUUUUUUAAACAAAAAAUUGCGUGAGUUUGCAUUGUUUGUAACUUACUGCGAUAAAUGGGUUGUGCAGACACACGUUUGUAAAAUAAAGAGAAUCUAGCAGCCUCAGUCACAUGACGGGAUUAAACAUCAAUAAUAAACCAGGUAAAUUUACAUGUUUCCCAAUAUCUUUAAUCACACUAUCUUUACUUUUAAAGGAGAAUUGAUUUGUGACAUAGUGGUGAUUAUUCUGUGCAAGUACAGAAAGCUGUUGAAGUGUUUUUUCGAUAGCCUUGAUAUCCAGCUUCAGGUCCACGUAUUAGUACGCGCUUUGUCCUCACUAGUAAAACAAUUCAGCGCACAGAUGUCAAUUAGUGCACAGUUUUGCCUCACUGAUAACAGUUGUCCUACUAGUAUGCCAAAGUCACCCUACCGAUGUGCAGAUGUCAUACAGUGGUGGAAAGAAAAAGAAAAAAACGUUACUAGUGCGCUUAAAGGUUUCAGGACAGAUCAUACUAGUACGUGGACCUUAAGAUGGACGUCAAGGAUAUCGAAUAAAUGCUCAAAUGGCUUUCCAUAAUGCAAGUCAUCACAUGAAGGAACAAGAAAAGAAUACGAUUACACAUUGGCUCCACCAUUUGUAUUAUUAGUACAAAUGUCAAUGCCAAAUAAAUUUUAACCAAUUGUGUCAUUUUACUUGAAGAACUGAUGUAUGAACUCAACUCUGUGCCGGAGGAGGGAAAUAACAGGGUUUAAUUACAUUUUGGAAAAGUAUCGGUGGAAUAUUACUGAAGCCUUCAGUUGUCUUUCAACAUACUUUGUUUAGCUAUUGUUGAUUGUAUAACCUAUUAAAUGAAUUAACGGUAUUAUAUCAGUGUUCUGUUUAAAUCAUUUAGCGUUCUGAAUGUAUGAUAACACUAUGCACCACAUCUGCUACACCAGCACAAUCAUAACGUGAGAUAACUCCGUUUUUAUUGACGCUGUCAAAGAAGUGUUUAGUUUUUGGUGUCUGGUUAUGUUUCACAUCAUGUAAAGAGUGAGCUGGCAGUGGAAACUUGUACAUUAUGUUACAAUAAACUGUGGAUUUAAAGUCUA